UACAUGACGCCAUCCCCAGUAGCGACCAAAAGACGUUGCUAUUUCGAAUGGAAAAGAAAAACAUAAAUAUAGGCUAGUUUUCUCUGAGCAUUGUAAGAAAUCUUCCAUCUUCAAUACACAGAAAGCAACAAUAUUCAAUUUCAUACAUCUACUCGAUCACCUCAACAUGUCAAGCAGAGUUGUACAGAAAGGCGAUUUAAUCUUGAUCACCGGCGGAACCGGCUGGGUAGGCUCACAUAUCGUUGACAAAGCAUUAGAGCAUGGCUUACGAGUUCGUUUAGCAGUUCGAAAUGAACAAAAAGCACAACAACUGAUCAAAGGAUUGAAAGCCAAGUAUGGAGAAAGGGCACACUUGGAAACUGUCACGGUGAAAGAUUUCGAUUCUGAAAGCGCUUAUGAUGAAGCUGUCAAGGGCGUUCAGGGUAUCAUUCAUGCGGCUUCUACGGUGACUUUUAGUGAGAAAUGGGAAGAUGUUGUUCCACCAACGAUACGCGGUUAUUCAGCUUUACUCAAAGCGGCACAUGCACAAGGCGAUUCGAUCAAAAGGGUUGUGUUGACAAGCAGUUCGAUCGCCGUAGCAAGAGGAAGUACAGAGCCUGAUGCUGCACCGUACCACAUCACAACGGAAACAUGGAAUGAUGCAGACGUUGAAUUGGCAAAGAAGAGUCCAAAUCCACUUUUAGUGUAUGCAGCGAGCAAAGUCUUAAGUGAAAGAUUCGCAUGGAAUUUCGUAAACGAACACAAACCAGCAUUCAUUCUCAAUACCGUUAACCCAAGCUUAUGCGCCGGUGCAAAAGCUCCAGGUUCAGAAUAUUUGAGUACUGCAUUAUGGCUCAGAAAAGCAGUUCUUGAAGCAGAUCAGAAUGUAGUUGAUACAUUCAGCUCAAGUUAUUUGGUCGAUACGGAUGACGUUGGCUUAUUGCACGUCUUGGCAGCCACGAGGGAGGACAUCGUGAAUGAACGCAUUCUCGCUUUUUCAGAAGUGUACACUUGGGAUAAGAUUAUCGAUAUCGCGCAAAAGUAUGCACCUGAAAAGGUCAAUACCGUCAAAAAGAGCGAGAAGACUUCAUUGAAGAGCAAUGUUGUCGCUAAUCUUUCACGUACACAAGAGAUUCUCAAAGAGUAUGGCGGUCUCAAAACAUUAGAAGAAAGUGUACGUCUCAAUUUGCAAGACUGAUUCAUCUUUAAUCAUUCAUAUAGUUUCGCUUGUUGUUUAUCAAUCUAAUCACUUUAUCU